UGCAGCAGCACAGAUUCAUCUUACUCCGGAGUCCUCCACUGGGUAGAAACGGAUGAGAGAGAGAGAGUGAGGUUUGCGGACUUAGAUAUGGUUUAUUGUACAGAGGAGAAACUUAGUAUCAGGUGGUUUUUAGCGACUGAAGGUGAAUUUAAUAGUAAUUUCUGCAAACAAACACUUUCACUUGAAUCUUUUCAAUGGCACCUAGACCGGAAGCGGAAAGAAGCGAACUAACCGGAGGUACUGCUCUCAAAAACAGCCUUAGUUCCUUAUCGGAUAUGCCAGAAACGAGAAGAGAUGAAUUUUCAGAAACUCCAGAGAAAGCACCUUCGAAGGUCAAUCCAACUGCCCAGGUACCAAAAGUUGCGGUACCCCCCGACGGUGGCUGGGGUUGGAUGGUGCUACUCGGGACCAUGACCGUCAACUUUGUAAUUAUAGGACAUGGAAAAAGUUUCGGAGUGUACUUUAAGAAAUUGAUGGAAGAAUUCGAUGCAUCACCUUCCCGAGUAGCAUGGCUUCAAUCUCUACAAAUUUCAGUGUUUUGUUUCCUUUCUCCGUUGGCCAGUGUUUUAUCUCAACUGAUUGGUCCUCGAAAAGUGGCUUUAGGUGGAGGACUUCUAGCAUUUGCUGGGUUAACGGCUUCUUCCUUUACACCCAGCCUUGAAUAUCUCUACGUCUUCUAUGGAGUAGUGCAAGGUGUUGCUUUUACUUGUACUUUCACACCUGGCAUUACAAUGAUAGCCAAAUACUUCUAUCGCCGAAGAGGACUCGCCAAUGGAUUGACAAUGGCCGGAAAUGCCCUAGGAGGGAUAGUAAUGCCCCUUGUUGCAAAUAAACUAAUUUCUGAAUACACAGUUCGCGGUUGCUUCCUCAUUAUGGGAAGUAUAUUGCUUCAUGCAUGCGUUGGAGCUAUGCUGUGGCAACCAGUAGAAUGGCAUCAAAAAAAGAAACCGGUGGAGAGCAUUCCUAUUUUAGAAAGUAAUCCUCCAGAGGAGAGUGAAUCGUCACCUGGAAAAGAGACUCUGUAUGCUCAAGAAGAAUCAAGAAAUACUUCUAUUCAAGAAGAUCAUACAGUUUCAAACAAAGACAGCAUGCUUAUUGAAAAUUUCAAUUUUGAGUCUGGAUUCGAUUUAUCUCUAGAAAGUUCAGUUAUCUUAAAAUCAAGUGCACCAGAGAUUUAUGCUGAACGGAGAAAUGGUAAUAUGUAUUCUUCGGGUCCAAAUCUAUAUUCUAACAAAAGUUGUGCACCAAAUAGUAAUAAUAAAAUGAUUAGAGGAGGAUCAUCUCCUCAUUUAGCUGAUGUGCCGAAAAAUGAAAGAACUUAUGGAUCAUCCGUGAGUACUGAAUCUUUGCCUCAUAUGUUCAAGCUUGCACCUAGACUAUUAAAAAAUAGCUCCAGAGCUUCAUCAUUUAUUUAUUUGAGCUCCUACAGUUUCGGGCCUACUGUCGGUGCAAUUUUGACGAAGGAGCAUUUUACAGGACUUGAUGCGAGUGAUUCCAAAGUUAUUUCGGAAAAUACGUGUGAAGUAAAAAAUCACCGAAAAUGGAAAUUGUUUCCAUUUCUAAAAAGUUUGCCAAUUGAUCUGUCCAUUUUUGAAAAGAGUCGGUUUUAUAUAAUGACUGUUACUCUGUUUUUCUCCGCUUUAGGGUACCCAGGAACACAGAUCUUCCUGCCGUAUCGUGCUACUACUUUAGGUCUCUCAGAAGCUCAUGCAGCUUCAUUGCUAUCUGUUCUAGCAUUCACAGAUUUAAUUGGUCGAAUAUCUUGUGCUUGGAUAUCUGACUGCAAUUUUUGCCCAAGAAAAUAUUGGUUUAUAGGAGGGAUGUUCAUGUCCGGAGUGUUUGGCCUCAGCUUACCUCUUUACAAAUCAUAUGUGGCACUUUUAGCUGGAACUGCCGGUUUUGGAUUUUUCUGUGGUGCCUAUAUUGGUCUGGUUGUAGUUUUGUUUGCUGAUGCCUAUAGUUCUGAGAAGGUAGCUCUGGCUUACAGUUUGUCUACAGUAUUUGGAGGCUUCAUGGCACUUGGAGGGCCUCCUUUGAUGGGUUACGUACUAGAAACUACUGGAAGUUACGUCAUCUGCCAGUCUAUAUUGGGAUCAGCCCAAUUUGCUGGAUCUGCUAUUUGGCUUGCUGAACCUUGGGCAACCCGUUAUGAAAAAAGAAGACUAGAAGACAAAAAGAACCAAAAAUCCCCGGAAGAGCAACAAUUGGUCUAGUUCUUCGAAGAAUCUAUAUAUUUGCCAUAAUUGAUUGAUUGAUAUACAGAACAGAUUAAUUACUUAGCUGGUGUAUUGUUGUUUGAUGGAUUUGAGAAGAACAUGCCGAAUUUUUGUGCUCUCUUAGGCCAGUACUUUCAUAAAGACAAAACAUUUCUAGAAAUAUCUAGAAUGUGAUGAUUCUCUGUUUCUGUAUUCUCUAGUACUUAUGAAAACAGUUCUGAUUGUGAUCUGGAUUGUCUUGAGACUCUUUCAAUCAGAAGUUGUUUAUUUGGUAGAUUCCUUUUACCAAGUGAAAUAUCUCUUUCAUCUAAAAUCUUGAAUUAAAAAUUUAUUAUUUUCCUCUGAUCCCACCGAUCCUGAAUUAUUGCGAUUGAAUUUUAAUUUCGAAAAGUUGAAUAUAUCACUCAUUGCUCUUGUAAAUGUUAUGUUUGUGAUUUUUGUGACUUUAAAUUUGCCUGUUCAAAACAAUAUAAUAUGUAUUUUUUUUAAUUAAUUUAUGUGUAUAUUUAAGGCCAUAGGUCAUUUUCAGAAUAUGUUACAGCUACAAGGUUGAAUUUCAUAGAUAGCUACUUAUAAAAUAUAAAUUCAAUAAUAAGUGCUUUAAGAACUAUUAAAUACUAAAUUACAGAAAAAUUUCUCUCAAUCCUCAGUUAAUAAUUUUAUAAGAAAUUUCAUUUAUUUUAAUAUGAAUAACCUAUAAUUUUAAACAUAUAAAAUGGUAAAAUUUAUCUCAUUUGAAUCUUAAAGAAAUAUUUAACAUUUACUUAAUUAGCAAAGAAAUUCCGUCCAAAGAAAAAGGACAAUUUCAUUUUUUCUAUUUCAGAAAUAAUACUUUUUCAAACAUGAAAUGUUUAUAUUGUUUUUUCUUUGGAGACAGAAUUGAUUUGAAAAGAAAUGAAAAAAAAAAGACUUUUGAUAUUUUUAUUCAUAAAUUAUCCGUGAUAAAAUAUAUGGCUAAUUUUUUGAAAAACAUUUAUGAAUUUGUAGGAUUUAUACAUUCGGCGUAACAUUUUCAGUGCCCAUAACGUGCCAGUGCCUGAUAAGAUGAAAACUAUCCACGCCCCUAAGCGUGAUAAAAGUUCGUAAGUGGUUAGUCACGCACUUGAUCAAUUAAAGUCAGCACUCAUCACUUCUUUCAAUCAAUCCAUCAUUCUAUAAAUGCAAGAUUGUGCAUUUAUGUAGACAAUUCACGAAAAUGUUAUAAUAACUCUUGCCUCCUUAACAAUUUGUCAGCAAUUAACUUUUUGGAGUCUCAGAUUAUCAAUAGCAUAAAAGAUAACAUUAAUAUCUUUAGAAGUCUAUGUUAGAGAUGUUUAAUACAGCACUGAAUAAAAAUAUUCGGCAAAAUAAGUGAGAUAUUUUAAGAACUGUGUGUGUUAUAGAUAUCUUCUGUAUUUAUUAUUGUUUUCUGUUGAGAAAUUCUGAAUUUUUGAGACUUAAUUUAUUUUUAAAUGAUAAAUAGACAUAAACAAUAAAAUAAAAGAUAUUACAGAGAGAAUGCAUUUCAAGAUCUACUUAACAAAAAUUAAAAUGAUGAAAAAAGUGAAAAUGAAAAUAUAAAUAAAUGCAACAAACUGGCUUUAAUAUUACAAUUAUAAAGACAAACGAAAAUUUCAUUACCAUACUCGUGAAUGUACUUGAUUUUCAAGCAAAAAAUUCUUUGGAUAAUGUCUACAUCGUUCUAAAGAACAAUUAACUAAAAGAAAGAUUUCAGAAUUAUUUUUCAUGAAUACUAUGUUCCUUUAUUUAACUAAAAAGACGCUUAAUAUAUCUUUUGCAGGAGCAAAGCGAAGUUAAACUUCCGAUUUCACUUCUUAAAUAAUUUUCUUUUAAUCAAAAUUAGGUAAAUAUCUUCCGAAUAAAAAGACAUUUCCUAGUUUAGAUUUUAAACAGAGGAAAAUUCAUACUUUUGGAAGACAAAAUGUUCCAUAAGUAUUUUUGAAACAUUUUUUUAAUGAAGCUUUAAUCUUUGUGAGAGAAACUUUAUAUAUAUAUCUUGAUAAAAUAAUGCGUGAGUCUCUUGUAUCCUUUGUCCUUUCCUCUUUAUUCUUCAUAGAUCAAUGUAUUAUAAGGAACUUAUAACCAUUGAAUGGAAUGGUUAAUAGAAAUAGUUCAUUAACCAUCAUGUAAUUUAAUUUUCUUCUUUUUAAUAUUAUCUCAUUGUCUCAUGUAUUAUUAUAUAACAAUAAUAUAACUAUUCCAAAUUAAAAAGUCUGCGAUUUGGCAACUUUCAGACAUUUAUUUAAUCAUGAAUCAUAUGUCCAUCAUUAAUGAAACUAAUAUUUGUCAUGCUAUUUAAUUAUUAUCAUGAUUUUACUAAAAGAAAGCUACAUAUACAAGAUAAGGUUUUGUUAGCUUGAUCAGGAAGAGCAUAUGUAUUUUGGACCUUAGGCAAAUUAAUAUUGUAAAUUGAUAGAAAGAAUUUCUGAAAUAAAAUAGAAUACUUUAUUUUCAAAUUAUUUAUUUGAUUUUACUGUCUUUAAACCUCAAGACUUAAUUUUUAUUGAAUUAAUAUUGUAUCACUUAUUUUAUCCUUAUUUUGUAGUACAUUAUAAUGUAUUUUCCAAUUUCCUAUCAAAUGCCAAAUAUUUAUGUGCUGAGUUUAUUGUGUUUCAAACUUACGUCGAAAAAUGCAAAAAUUAUACAAUAUUAUGGUUAUUUUGUGUCUCCUUUAUAUUACCAAAAAGCAUUUGCCUUUCUGUGAAAUAAAUUCUUGGAACCAGAAGCAUUAAAAUUAUAUUUUUUCGAAAACCGCGUCAUUAAGCAUCAUAAUAAAAUUCUCGAGGUAAAUAAGAGUUUCUUUUAUAAAAGCCAUAAAAUUAUUGUAAUUUUAUCAAUCUAUAUAGUUAUCUUGCUUUCUGAACAAAUGAUUAUUGGAAAAAAAACUAAUGUAAAUUUGAUUAUUAAUGCCUGCAGAAUAUGCCUAGAAAUAAAAUUUUCAAGAUGCUUUGACAUCACUGGGACUUUAAUUUCAAUUGAAGAUAAAAUGCAAUUCGACAUUUACAAUCAUUUUUGAUUCUAUAACUGAGAUUUUUAUAAUAAAUCAUAAACAUACUUAUUUUCAAUAUGAGAAAUAUUAAAUCAUGCCGAAAAUAACAAUUCACAAUUUAAAACAAUUUUUUUCAAAAUUUUUUAUUUAUAUUAUUUACAAUUAAAUAUUCCUUUAUAUGUGAGUAUUUUAUCCAUAAUGUAUUCACCGCUAUAUUGAAAAAAGAUUCCAACAUAUAUCAAGUAUAAUCAAUGAAGCAUUAAAAUCCGAUUAAAUACUACAUCUGUAUGAAUGAAUGUAUUCGCGAUGCAUUUGCUGAUACUUUUAUGUUAUAGUGUAUGAGGAAUUAAAUCUACCUGAAAACAGAGCAAUUGAAAUGGCCCAAUAUUAUGAAAUAUUUAUAAUGAAUAAUGUGUAAUUUUGAAUGAAAUGGAAAUUGUUAGGAUGCCGAUAUUUAAAUAUUUUAGUCGAAAAAAAGUUUUCGCAAAGAAAUUAUAUUAAAAUAUUUCAGAUAUAUCAAAAGAUAUAAAAAUAUGAAAUUUGAAUUUGUACGUAAACUGAGGUAUAACUCACCUUGUAAAAAAAUCAUCCGUAAAUACUUUUGAAUAUUUUUUAUUUAAAAAACAUUUUAAACAUUUAGCAAAAUUAUAAAUAAAAAAUCAAUACGAUUUUCUUUAGAAAGCUAAAACUUACUAUG